AUGAAUGCUCCCUUCACUGAACAACGGGGGUCGUCUCACAGCACUGGUAGUGGUCGACGGUCACUGGCACUCUCCAACCACAGCAGUCAUCAUGGCAUCAGCCGUCGUACACUGGCCAUCCACCGCUAUCAGGGACGAGCAUUGCCGACUAGCCUGACAGGCUCUUCCUCUCACACUGAUGAUACCGCCAAUCGGAUGGAACAGGGAACGAUCCGAAGACGAAUCCGAGAAUCCAUCGAUGACUCCCACAAUAGUUACUCCACCGCCGUGUCAGUCUACGAUGAUGAGGAUGAUGACAGUACAAAUAGUCAAGAUGCUGCCAAUUUUCCAUCCGCCGAAACACAAAUCAGAGCACAACAUCAACCCAAUUCACGGAACAUCACAGACCACGAAAGCCAGCAAUACCAAGACAUUUCUUUGAAUGACAAUGACAAUAAUUCUCUCCGCAAAAGCACGGAUCACGAACAAGAUAAUAUCAGUGACAUGUGCUCGGAGCCAGAAGACUCCAAUUCUACGUUUGACUCAGCAGAAGCUCGGGAAGCCGCCAUUCAAGCGGGUUUUCUUGCUGUCAUUAUCAGCUAUGUUCAAAACGACGUCUUUCAAAAGGUCCUGGCCUUUGUGUCCAAAAUGUGCCAAAAACUCAUGAAAAAAUUUGGAAAGGGCAAUGACCAGGAGGAUGCACUGGGAGUGGAAGAUUUGGCAGAAGAAGCCAUGGAGGAGGCUGCCGACAAUGCCAACUUUAUGAGUCAAAGUGUCCAAGCCAUUGGCGCUGGACCAGGGGGAGGUGGACCUGGAGGAGGUGGACCAGGAGGAGGAGGUGGUGGUGGAGUGGCUCCAGGACCCCCUCCUGUCGUGGCAGGAAUGGCAAUGGCUGCGGCCAGUAGUGCGGCUGCGGGAGCAGCGGCUGCUUCAUCUGAAGAAAAGAUUGGCUAUGUGGAACUUCAGAUUGCAUCAAUACCCCCCAGUGUUCUAGAAGCAAACAAACAAGAUCUUGAAGACCUAUUCCAAGAUAUCUACAAUGAAAUGUCUGGAAUGUGUUUGGAUCCCAUGCAACGGGUUAUGAUUGAAGCUGUCUUACAAGAGUGGGAGACAGAUUGGGGCUCUACAGCAACAUGA